UCGUUGAUAACAAUGUUUGGAUUUGGAAGUUGGAACACGAAGCGUCGAAGCACCAAAUACCAAUUCUAAGUAUAGUCGUAUAGACAAUGGUAUAACUUUUCGAUUUUUAAAUUUGAAUACUGGUGAACUGGUUACACUUUAAGUAUAUAAUUAAUACUUGAAAUCUUCAUUUGAAGAAUACUUAUUUUUAUUUUGUUUGUACACAAUUGUAUUCAUAUGUGUCUCUGAAACUGAUUGGUAUUGAACCAUGUCAAAACGACUAUCUACUGAAAUCGAGAUUUCCGCCAAAGACGUGGUUGACAAAGAUAAACAACAACCAGACAAGAAACAAAAAUUAUCAUUUGGAAUGAUGAAAAAGACUCUUCCAGCAAAAACUGGUAUUAAGAUAACUCUUAACAGCCCUGCCACUAAAGAACCACCUAUUCUACCAAAACCAGCAUCAAAGUCUGUUGCUGCAGUUUUUGGUGAUGUCAGUGAUGACGAACCUGAAGAGAUGCCGAAAGAAGCUAGAAUGCGUAUGAGAAAUAUUGGUAGGGAUACUCCGACAUCAGCCGGACCCAAUUCAUUUGGCAAGACUAAGCAUGGUUUCUGUAAUACUGGUAAACUUAUGGAGAAGACACUUAAGGAGGCUACAAACGCACUAAUUGAUGACAAAAAAUAGUAGUUAUUUUUUUCACAAUUAUUGUGAAUAUUGUAUUUACAUUUUUUGCACAGAAUUAGUUUUAAAUAUUAAUUAAGAUAACCAUGACUGUGUAUUUAUAAAGAAUUAUUGAAAGGAUAUUUAACCUUUAGUCCAAUCAAUUGACCUUUUUUUUAUUUAUGUUACUGUAAAGUGUAUAAAAUAUACAAGCAAUACAUAUUAUAACAUCAUAUUAUUUUAUAAGUAUUUAAAUAACAUUCAUACUGUAUUCACAAAGUAAAAAUAUCCAUUCUAGUUAUGUGAAAAGAUUUCUCUCUGAAUAAUAAUAUAAUAUAAUGUGUUUUUCUAUCAAA